UCCAUUAUCCAAUCAUUGAACAUUGUAACUCCUAUCACUAUUAAAACAUUAAGAAACACAAAUUCCAUCUGUCCAUCAGCACCACCGUCACCGCCACCACCAACCUCCACAAAUCUCAAACAAAAAACCCCAAUCCCUCCCAAACCCUAACCCUAAAAUUCCAAAUUCUUAGCCCUAACCACCCCCAGAGCAAUGUCCACACCACUACCGCCGUCGCCCACGGCCUCCCCCAUGGCCUCAGUCUCCGCCUCGCCCACAGCCACCGCUAAGAAGUCCCAGCCGCUGCCGUGGACCCAAGAGGAGACGGUGCAGCUGAUCCGGGCCUACCAGGAGAAGUGGUACGCGCUGAGGAGGGGCCAGCUGAAGUCGAGCCAGUGGGAGGAGGUGGCGGUGACCGUGGCGGCCCGGUGCGGUUACGAAUACGGCGAGCCGUCGAAAUCCGCCACGCAGUGCCGCCACAAGAUGGAGAAGCUCCGGCAGCGACACCGCGCCGUGAAGAAGCGCCUCGGCCAGAGAACCAAGUCCGGCUGGCCCUUCUUCGAGCUCAUGGAGCAGAUGGAGCGCGGGCCCAUGCCCAUCUCUGUUAUGCCCAUGGCGGAGAUGCCACAUCAGCAAGAAGAAGAAGAGCGUGAUUAUCACGAUCGUAAUUAUCACGGCGGCGGUGGCGGCGGCAAUGAAGACGACGAUGAGGAGAAUUCCAACAAGGUCCGGAGCAUCGACUUCAUCCUGCGGAGGCCGACGUUUGUGAACAGAUUUUCCGGGAAAGCCUCGUUUUUGCAGGGACCCGCUGCGGCAGCGGAGUUAAAGAGAGGGAGAGAGGCGGUGGGCGAGUGCGACGUGGCGGAGCCGCCGCAGCAUAGGGGUAGGGAAAUGGUGGUGGAAUUGGCGGACGAGAUGAGGGCAUUCGCCCAGCAGUUAAUCGGGGUGGAGAACAUGAGGAUGAAGAUGAUGAAGGAAACGGAGAGGUAUAGAGUGGAGAUGGAGAAGAGGAGGAUGAGCAUGAUCCUGCAGUCACAGCAGAAGAUUGUUCACUCCAUCAAUACCGCUUUCGGGUCUUCCAACAAGCUGAGCACCAGCUGAUCAUGUAAUUCGUUUCUAAGGUUGGUUUUCGAUUUGAGUAGGGAUAAUGUUAUGGCUUCUGUGUUUGUUGUGGAAAUGGAUUUGUAUAGUUGACAGUUGAAGCCCAGAAUUUACGCAUGGUGUCAUAUACUUGCACGUUUAAUUU